UCUAUUGCGAAGUCUGACAGUGAAGAUGAAGUGGUCGCGGUCUGAAAGCAUUCCAUUCCCACAAAUUUGGUGGAGAUUCCCAGCAAAGGAUCCGGAAUCAGGUGAAAUUGUGGAAUAUCGAAUAGAAGAUUGUUCAGAGGAUCGCUUUGACGAGAUUGUGGACUUGAUGGUGAAUUGUUUCACGCCUGAUGAACCCAUCAGUGCUUCACUUGGGAUAAUGAAGGAUAAAGAAUCGUUAAGUGAGAUGAAAGAGAAAUGGGUGGAAAUUCUUCCUCAAAAACUCACUCUUGUAUGCUACAAAGAAGGGACUAGUGAAUUAUGUGGUUUUAAUGUACUCGAAAUAAAUGAAGAGAUUGAAUCACAGAUUGUAAAAGAAGAAAAUAAGGGAAGAGGUGUUAAAGACAUUAGGGCAGUUUUCAACUUUCUAAAAGAAAAGGGCGACGUAUACAGACGCUACAAUGUAGACAAAUAUUUGCAUGGAAGAGGACUUUUCAUCGUGCCAAAAUAUCGAGGAUGUGGAAUUGCCACGGAACUCUUGAAAGCGAGAAUUCCACUUAUGAAAGCUCUAGGAUUAACACUAACUUGCACCGUAUUUUCUGCUCCUGGAUCACAAGCGGCAGCAAAAAAAGCUGGAUUUACUGAAGAUGUUGUUGUUACAUACGAUUCGUUGGGAAAAGAAUAUCCGUUCGUGCAAAUUCCCAACAUUCCAUUCCGUGUUGUGAAAUUCAUGUGUCUUCAGUUGAAAAAAUAGUGCGAAAAAAGCC